UGACAGGCUUGUCUGGUUCUGUCGCGAACAAGCGUCUCUCUCCCGUUGCUUCCUGUCUAACGGGUAACUACGGUGUGACUCCUGGGACAGGAGCGGAUCUGUGAGAGUGCUGCUUCUUCUUUUCUUCUUUUUUUCUGGAGCUGACUUUUUGAUUCUUUGUUCUGCAGGAGGCCUACACUCCUGUGAUUAUUUAUUUACUUGAUUUUAUUUUAUUCCAACUUCGAGGGAUAAUACUUAAAAACUGGAGAUUAGUAUUUAAUACAACCUUGUUUUUCUCCUGAUGCGUGCUCUUAUGCAGACAGACUGAUGGGGACUCCUCUGAAGCCUUAUCAUGCACAUAAAUAAGACACAAGGCACAGGUAAGAUGAAGAUGAUCAAACUGACACAACAAUUACUCUGGGGGUUCAUUUUGCUCUGCACAGUAAACCUCAGCAUCCAGCAAGUGUCCAGUGGCAACCAAACCUCUCGAGGACAGAGAGGGUCAUCACAGGAGAGGACGGGGACAUGUGAAGUGGUUGCGGCUCAUCGCUGCUGCAAUAAGAAUAAGAUUGAAGAGCGCUCUCAAACAGUCAAGUGUUCUUGCUUCCCCGGACAGGUAGCUGGGACAACAAGGGCACUGCCCUCUUGUGUUGAAGCCUCCAUUGUGCGUCAGAAAUGGUGGUGUAAAAUGGAGCCGUGUCUGCAGGAGGAGGAGUGUCGAGUUCUCCCUGACCUCACUGGUUGGUCAUGCAUCUCUGGGAACAAAGUGAAGACCACGAAGAUUUCUUGGAUUAGUGAACGAGUGACACCACGGUAAGCUCAUGCAGAGGCGGGCCAAGCAGAGAUCUUCCCAACAUGUGCCCUAAAAGUGCCUGGUUAUAAUCAUACUUUUACUGUCACAUCAGGCCCACCAGUUCACUGCGAGUUUAAAUCAGGUCAAACGUAGUUCAUGUUGAGGGAGAGCUGUGUGACAACACGCUGUAGUGAUUAGCUUUCAAUGUUUUUAUCAGCUAUGUUGCUGAGAGUUAUAUGACUAAUUCAGUGGCAUUAAAUACUACUUCAACUUUCAAAUAAUAAUUACUCCUUCAAGUUUUAUCUGCUCUGCAAGUGGCAUCGUAAUAAAGGGGUUAAAAUGUUAUGCAUCUGCGUGUUCUUACUCCGAAUCUACUUGCAUAUCUGAUCCAAGUGUGACAAGUCCAUUAAGUAACCAUUACCUCCAGUUAUUGGUCCAAGACAUUUGGCCAGGAGUUGCAUUUGUUCAGAACCAGUGUGUCCUUUCGCUGGUUUCACAGCCCACACAGAGGGAAGCAUUUAGGAAAUUUAACCAAUGCCAAGCUUGCAGAGAUCCAGUUUGAAUGCCCACAAUGAGACAACAAGUGAAAGGUUGGGAGAAAGGUUUUGACUUGAGCAGAAAUUAGAAAGACCACAGCAGAGUUCAGGCUGGUAGUGCCACAGGCUGUCCAUGUCAAACACUAAUUCAAAAAUAAUGCCUUAAGUUUUGCUUAAAAUUCAUAGUGUGGGAUGACCUCUGGUGCAUUACUAAAUAAACCAACACAAAGUUGAAGCAGUUUUGCUAGAUAUGCUGUAAAACAAGUUGCAAUUCAAGGAGAAGGACUGAGAUUAGCUACAAGCUUUGAUAGUCAGAUUUAAGUACUGUGUGAAAGGCUCCUUCAGUCAGCUUUGGGCAACAGCACCAGCAGCGACCUUUAGUCCAGUUUUUUAUGCUUCUGCGGGAGCCUGCCUGUGUAAUCUGGCUCAUUUUGUGUUUAUCACGGGUUUAUCACUGAUCAAAAAGAAUGAAAACUGGGGCUGCCAAACCCACAGUGGGAUGAGGUGGAGGAAGGCACCAAUUGCUCAUAUCUAUGAGAGUGAUAACACUCUGUAAAGGCCAUUUAAUAGGCUGAUAACAGGCCAGGCAAAUGUCUUGUCUUUAGUUCACAGGGGUUGAUUCAUCGGCCACAAAAUAGACUUUUGUAAGCCGUAGCUGUAAGUCGACGAUAAUACUGAGGUGACAUGACUGUUGCAGAAUUAAUUCUCUUUUUCACUCUGUCCCUGCUCUCUUUGUAAUGGAUACUUCAUACUUUAAUCAACGCAGUGCAGAAAAUUGAGAUUUUAUCAAAGCUUGUAAAUAUACUACAUACACAGCCCCAGAAUUGUUUUGAAAAAUAAAGGUAAAGGGGAAGCAACCUAAACAUGGAUUCUUCCUACUGGCCACCAGGAGGCUUAACAUUUUCUUGUGAAACUGCAUUUGAUGCUUUGCCUUAUUGUUUCACAACAAACCCAGACCAGCACUGGUUUGAUCCGCGGUGCUCGCAUGGCACCAGUUUAAGCACUGGUUCCAUUUAUAUUAACUGUUGGCUGUAGCGUAGCAAAAUAUGAAAAAAGCAAAGUGUUGUGAAUUCUUUCCAAGUUCAUUCACAGUCAUCCAUAGAUUUGGCCGAGAACAGUGACUGUGAAAGCAGCUAUGUGGAACGUAUUGYCCUGCAUAUGUAAAAGAAACAACUUGGUUAUCGGUAGUUUGGCUUCCCAAACCAGCCCUUAGCUUUAAAACUUGUCCUUUUCUCUGGACAAAGACAGAGUUGGUACCAAGACAGAAACUCUUUUAUGUAGGACACGUGUCAAACUCGAGGCCCGCGGGCCAAAUUCAGCCCACUAUUACUAUUUAGGGCCACAUAAACAGCAGCAGUGCUAUUUAUGUGGCCCUAAAUAGCAGAUAAAUAGGGGUUGAAUCACCGACCAUGAAAUAGUGGCAGAUGAAUUAGAGUCUAGAACCCGGAGGGCCACAUCUGUUUAUGUGGCCCCGUAGAUUUUGGAGGACCAGAUAAAGAGAACCUUCAAGAUGACAGUUGUGUGCUUAAAUAUUAUUUUAAUCAGUCUAAUCAAAUGAGCUUUUUUGUACGUGCAAAAGUACAUCUACUUGAAAAGAUGUUUAAUACUGUUUAAUUAUAAGAAGUAUUCAUCAAACCCAAAGAAAGCUAUAACAUUUUAACAGUUUUUUAAUAGGUAGUUUUAUCAAUGCAUUCUGCCACAAAUGGCAGAAUGUUGACAUUAAUUAAGUUUAUGUGGCCUGAAAUGAAAAUUAAUCUGAUGUAGGAGAUUGGCACAGGAUUUAAUUUGCUAGGAUAAAAACCCUUCUUGACCUGGAACUGCUUAGACAGAAAAAUCAGAAAAAUGUAAAUUUAUUUUUGAUCUGUUUUACCAUAGCAGAUAUUCUUUAGGAGUUUUGUAAGUUAUAGUCCUGGUCAAAGUGCAAUAAAUCACUAGUCAUGGAUGUAAUCUGUGAAGAUGCUUCAGCAAAGCAAUAAAAAAAAAUGGCAUAAAAUGUGAGUUAGCCUACUGUGGCAAAAUCUGUACCAAACUUUACAAGUGCAGCAUUUUUGCAGGACGCACCACUGUUCAGCUUGUUUUGUUUUACUUCAAAAUUGAGAGCUUUUCUCACUUUUAGCUAAAGUCUUAUCCGUCUUAUCCGCGACACACGCUUUACCAGCCUUUGGGUAAGUUUAUCAGCUGCACCAGCUUAUCUCUUAACAGACUUCAGUUUACAUACUGUAGUUUAGAUGUCAAGCUUUAGAGUUGGAGGUAGAAAUCUGUGAAUGUCUGACAAAAAAAAAGAAAAAAAAAAGUAAAAGUCAGAAUUUCCAACACAUUAAACUUUUUUUGUGUCCAAAAGUAUCAACAUCAAUUUCCUCUUACAAAAAGAAAGAACCACUCACUCUUUGUCUUCUGUAUCUGUUUUUUAGGUGGCACGGUAGCAAGACAGAAGCUUCUGCUAAAGAGUUCAAUCCUCACCUGACCUGCUGCUGUCAACUUUUUGCAAUAUUGGACCCCUCACAGACAAAGCAGGGAAAAACAGAUAUUUAAUUAGAUAUCUCCUGGCUGAGCUCAAAACUGCAGAAACUCAUUAUUCAAUUUUCAUUUUUCUUUGAAUAGUUUUGUUUUGUGUUAAUCCCCUAGAGAGAACAAUCCAUUACAUUUGACAAGAGAUUAAGUGAUGUAGUUUUUUUCCAAAUCCAAACUGAGAGCUUCAGCUAAAAGUCUUUGUUUUUUUGCUUGACAUGCCAGGCACAUUGUGAUGCGCUCAAUCAAGGUUUGGCCCGAGCUGCUGGCAGACCCUUAAAAAGAAAUUUUGUGGAUUUUUUAUUUUUUUUUCAGGUGGCUGAAUGUGAACCCAGUCUGUGGCUCGUGACUCGCUGCCACUUAAAGCAACAGACCACAAACACUGAGAAAUUUAUGAUUACACUGUGUAGCAAUUGUAGUCGGCGCUGUCCCUUACUCUUAGCUUCCUAACGAGGUCAGUUCCCUUUAGACUACCGUAAAGAAGGACUCUCACUCCCUACACAAAUGCACACGCCUGCAAAGGCAGCUUUUCUUUUUUGUCUUUUCUUUUUUUUACCCCAUUGGUCACAGGCCACCACCUGCAAGGCUGUGAUGGCAUGCGCACAAGCAUGAAGUCCUAACGCAAAACGAGAACUGUUUGAAAUGCUAAUCAUUAGGAGAAAGGAGAGGAGGAAAGAGAAGAGGAGCGUCUUCGCUGCAGAGUCUUUACAUCAGGGUUUCUUGUUUGGCUCUCUAAACUGAGAGCUCCCAUGGAGGAGACUCUUCGUAUUGUAAUGGUUUGAAGCACCGGUGGUUUUCUGCCUCGGAGCGAGUCGUCGCCUCUAAAAGAGAAGAAUGUUUAUUACCACUUAAUCAGUUGUCCUCUUAAUAUGCGUAUUGCACAUUUUCCUCCUGGACUCACCCUGAUUGACUCUCUUUUAUCCCUUGAGCUCAACCAAACGUUUCGCAUUUUGUCAUUGUGAA